AAGAUGGAGAAGCCGUGGCUUUGGGCUCUAUUUCUGCUCUUGCAAACUUGGGAUUUGCGCUUGGUCGGCGCAUCAGGCCAACGGUGGCAGAGGUUUCGAGAGAAAAUGUCCAAAGCUGUUGAGGAAUAUGUGCCUUGCAGCCCUGCCAACUGUAGCUGCCAUUUAAGUGUCCUCCAAGAUGACUUGCAGCCCUUUAAAGGGGGUGUGUCAGAGGACCUGAUGGCAGCGACUAUCCGUCGAGGCGUUGGCACACAUUACCAGAUCAUCGGCCACAAAUUGUACAGGGAAGACAACUGUAUGUUCCCAGCAAGGUGCAGUGGGGUAGAGCACUUUAUCCUGGAGUUUAUUGGCAAGUUGCCGGACAUGGAAAUGGUGAUCAAUGUGAGGGACUACCCUCAGGUCCCCGGCUGGGUGCAGCCCGUCAUACCCGUAUUCUCUUUCAGUAAGACGGCAGACUACCAGGACAUCAUGUACCCUGCAUGGACGUUUUGGGAGGGCGGCCCCGCUGUGUGGCCCAUAUACCCAAAGGGACUGGGAAGAUGGGACCUGAUGAGGGAUGACCUUAAAAAGUCCGCUGCCCAGUGGCCAUGGACGAGGAAAGAUUCUAAAGGAUUCUUCCGAGGAUCCAGGACGAGUCCGGAACGGGACCCACUGAUACUGCUCUCCAGGGAGGCCCCCGACCUGGUGGAUGCCGAGUACACCAAGAAUCAGGCCUGGAAGUCUGAGAAGGACACACUAGGAAGGCCCCCAGCCAAGGAAAUCCCACUGGUGGACCACUGCAAAUACAAAUACCUGUUCAAUUUCCGCGGUGUGGCGGCCAGUUUCCGCCUCAAGCACCUCUUCCUGUGUGGUUCGCUGGUGUUCCACGUUGGUGACGAGUGGCAAGAGUUUUUCUACCGACAGCUCCGGCCCUGGGUUCACUACAUACCGGUCAAACAGGACCUCUCCGAUGUCAGAGAGCUGCUACAGUUUGUAAAAGAAAACGAUGCUGUCGCAUGGGAGAUCGCCGUAAGGGGUCAGAAAUUCAUCCUGGAUCACUUGCACAUGGAGGACGUGUCCUGCUACUGGGAGACGCUUCUCAUCGAGUUCAGCCGUCUGCUGCAGUACAAACCCAAGAGAAGGAGCAACUACAACCAGAUCAUCCACAGACCAAGCAGGACGGAACUGUAA